AUCAAGGGGAAGACUGUCUCGUGCCCGUCUGAUCUGCUCUAGUGAUUCAUAACUCGAGAACAAGUGAUCAAUUACAACCAAAUGUUCAUAACUGAUCACAGAAGGUAAACAGAGGAACAUUUUUACGUUUGACUCAGUGAAGUGACCAGAGUGUGUAGUGAGCCAGAGGUGUGUACCGGAGGUGGCCUAUAAGAAACGAGGAACUACUGCUCCAGGAUGUCUCCCUACACCCCCGAGGACUUCCAGAGGAGCCCCCGCCGUCAGCCCUACAAGUCACCGUUCAUACUGUACGAGCUGAGUGACGAGGUGAAACGGAAAGAGUUUCUGGACGAGCUGUUCUCAUUCAUGCAGAAACGAGGUACGCCCAUCAACCGGCUGCCCAUCAUGGCCAAGCAGGUGCUGGACCUCUACGAGCUGUACAACCUGGUGGUGGCCUCGGCGGCCUCGUGGACGUCAUCAACAAGAUUGUGGCAAGAGAUUAUCAGGGACUGA